AUGGCUUUGGAAGCUUGUGGCAAAAAUUUCAUUUGGGUGGUUAGGCCACCAUCGAACUCAGUCACAGAUCAUGACCAUAAUGAUGGAGAAUGGUUGCCGAGAGGCUUUGAGAGGCGUAUUCAAGAUAGCAACAAAGGGCUACUAGUGCAACAAUGGGUACCUCAGUUGGAAAUUCUGUCCCAUAAAUCUCUGUGUGUGUUUUUAACCCACUGUGGAUGGAACUCAGUGCUCGAAGCUCUCAGCAAUGGAGUCCCAAUGCUUUCGUGGCCGAUGGGGGCAGAGCAAAACUUCAAUGCCAAGAUGUUGGAGGAAGAGAUGGGACUCUGUGUUGGGGUGGCAAGUGGGAGCAGAGAGGUUAAUCAUAAAGACAUAUUGAAAAAGAUUGAUUUGGUGAUGUGUGGGUCAACUAAAGGGCAAGACAUGAAAAACAAAGCUUGUGACGUUAUGGAGAUGCUUAACAAUGCCAAGAAUGAUGAGAAAUGGUUCAAGGGGUCUUCAACCAAAGCCAUGGAGGAUUUUCUGUAUGCUGCAUUGUCAAAGUCUUGUAAUUAUUAA